AUGGGCUCCAUUGGCACCACUCCACCCUUCCAAGUCUUGGACGACCCUCGUCCGGACGACAAGUCCCUCCCUGCCUUCAUGGUCUCUACCACUCGCGGUUUUCUUCCUCGCAUGAACCCCGUCGUCACCCUGCCCAAGGAGUUUGAGCCUCUCGAGUCGUUGCUGCAGCGCAUGCCUGUCAAGACUCUGUCCGGCGAGCCUGGCCUCCUCGCUCACAGCAAGCUGGGUGAUGUUGUGGACAAUGAGUUCCCUGAUCUGGCGGACGAGAUGGACAAGUACAAGGAUGACUUGCCCAUGAUGAAUGCCCUGUACCGUGACUACUCCUUCCUGGCCUCUGCUUACCUGCUUGAGCCUUGCCACGAGCGCUUCGUCAGGGGAGAAGAGUACGGUCUCGGCAGACAGACUCUUCCCAAGAACAUUUCACGGCCCAUCGCUCGCUGCGCAGAGAUCGCCGGCUUCAUGCCCUUCAUGGAAUACGCCGGGUCCUACGCCCUCUACAACUACCGUCUUGAAGACCCCGAAAAGGGCCUGGAGUACUCCAACCUCCGUCUGAUCCGCGCCUUCGAGCACGGCCUGGACCCAACCUCCUCAGAAGCCGGCUUCGUCCUCGUCCACAUCGACAUGGUCAAGAACUCGGGCCCCCUCGUCGCCGGCACAGUCAAGUGCCUGGACGUCGGCUCCAAAAUCUCCACCCCCCUGGGCAGCGUGCAAGAGCGCACCACCUUCAACGAAGGCCUCGCCGACAUCCUCGGCGCCCUCCAGAAGAUCAACUCCGUCAUGGAGACCAUGUGGGGGAAGUCCCGUCCCACAGAGUACACCAGCUUCCGCACCUUCAUCUUCGGAAUCACCUCGCAGUCCAUGUUCCCCAACGGCGUCGUCUACGAGGGCCUCAACGACAACAAGCCCAUGUCGUUCCGCGGCGAGAGCGGCGCCAACGACUCCAUGGUGCCCCUGAUGGACAACCUCCUCCAGGUGCCCAUGCCGAACACGCCGCUCACCGAGAUCCUCAAGGACUUCCGCAAGUACAGGCCCAGCAACCACAAGGACUUUUUGAUGCACGUCAAGCAGGUUUCGGAGAGCAACGACCUGCGCAGCUUUGCGCUCGCUCUCAAGGCGAAGCCUGUGACGGACGAGGAGAAGGACCUGGUUCGCGAGUCGCGCAGCUUGUGGCUCCAGAUUUUGGAUCAGGUGCGUGACUUCCGCUGGAGGCAUUGGUGCUUUGCUAGGGAGUAUAUUCUCAAGAGGACUUCUCAUCCUACUGCUACGGGGGGUAGUCCUAUUGUGACGUGGUUGCCGAAUCAGCUGGAGGCUGUGUUGGCUGAGAUGGUGCACAUCAAUGAGACUGCGAACAAGGAUGAUGCGCGUGGUUUGGGCAAGACUUGUGAGAAUGUUAUGGAUGGUGCGUUGCGGCAGCGGGAUACCCUGCGGAAGGAGGUUGACAAGUAUUGUGCUGAGAGGGGUGUUUCACGGAACUAG